GUUCUUCCACCUUGAAUAUCGCCAUCAUGGUUGCUGAUUACUACCCCCUUUCCGAUGUCCUGGCCGUCGCCAGUGUUCAUCCCUUCUACUCUGACACCACCUAUCCCCCAACUCGCGAGGAAUUGCCCUCAGUCCUGGCCAAUGCGCGGGAGUCAACAAAUGGCCUUGAACUGUCCAAGUUUCCCUUGACGGAAAAAGAUAAACUGUACAAGCAGAUUGCGCGACUCACGAAUGAUAAAGACCCCCGCAAUGGAUACCGACAAGGUACCUACAUCAGCACAACCGGCGGAGGCUCAGGAGGACAGCCGAUGGUCUUUGCGACUGAUUCGAUUGAGAAUCGCCAGCAACGGGCUGUGUUUGGUUCGCUUUUGCGCGCAUGCGACAUUCUCGGCCCGGGAGACUGGAUGUUGACGAUGCACGUGUGUGGCUAUCUCUACAGGGCACUCGACCUUAUGACCGAGGUCUUUGAAGCUUCUGGCGCCACUGUCCUCUGCGCAGGAGGUGACAUGGAGCUCGAGAAGAUCGUCAAGUGCCUCAUCGAGUACCGCGUCAACGCCAUUGCCGGCGACGCAGGCCAGUUGGUCCAGCUGGUGCGGUACAUCACCACGCUGCCAGAGGAGAAAAAGCAGAUGAUCCAGAUCGACAAAGCUCUCUACACAUCCGAGCCCAUGACGCCCGCCCAGCGCAGCUUUCUGAAGUCCGUCUUUCCCAGCAUCGCCCUGACAUCGGUGAUCGGCAGCGCAGAGGCAGGCACAUGGGGUGCCUCGACGGCCGAGCUGACCGAGAGCGCAAUGGAGAAAAACUACGCAGACUUCAUCUUCGACAAUCGCCUCAUGCACCUCGAGGUUCUCCCUACUUCCAUCAUCAACAACACAGAAAACCUCGCCAGCCAGCCCCAGCCCAUUCCAGACGGCGAAAAAGGUCUCCUGGUCCAGACCUCUCUCCAGCGCCUCCGCAACCCGCUCGUCCGCUACGUCUGCGGCGAUCUUGCCUCCCUCCACCCUCUCCCCGAGUCGAUCUCCUCCCGCCUCUCCCCUGAAGACGCGGCGCACUACCGCAUCGCGCGCGUCUACGGCCGCGACCGCCAAAUCAGCUUCGAUUGGUACGGCGAGUACUACGAAUUCCAACAAGCCCAGGCCGUCAUGCAGACCGAGUCGUGGGGCAUCCUGCAGUACCAGAUCAUCCGGCGGUAUCCGGACAACGAUACCAGCCAUCUGGAAGUGGUGCUGGAGGUACGUGUGCUGCGAGACUCCGGGCCGGGCAAGCUCGACGAGGAGAAAUUGACGCACGCGAUACGCACCUUUUUCAAGGUAUACCCGAACAACAGCGACUUGUUUGUGCUGAAGUAUCUGCCUGAUUAUAGUGGCUUUUUGCGGAGUACGACGGGGAGGAAGGUGAUGAAUUUUGUCGAUUUGACUGGGCAGAAAUAAUGCAGAGACGUAGCACGAGCAGUGCUUUAGCUGGCCAUCACCUCAGGUGAAGUCACAAAACUAAAAUAGGAAAUAUCACUUGACCUGCCAAGAAAUUACUUUUUUCUCCAGAGCUUUUCUGUAUAUUUCAUACAAAAACAUCA